GGACACUGGAUAAGGACACCAUUUGUUUUAAAGUCAUGGAGCUACUAACUGCUUUUCUCCAGUCCUCCAGUUCUGUCUCCCUGCUGGGGACUCUGGUAGUUCUGCUUCUUCUCUACAUCAUCUCCAACUCCAGAUGCAAAUCCCAGGAAGACAGGAAGGAUCCUCCUGGACCAAAACGGCUUCCUCUUCUUGGUAACCUGCUGCAACUGGACCUACAGAGACCAUACAACACAUUACUGAAGUUUUCCAAGAAAUAUGGGUCAGUGUUCACUGUCUAUUUGGGAGCCAAGAAAGUGGUGGUCCUGGCAGGAUACAAGACGGUGAAGGAGGCACUUGUCAACCAUGCUGAAGAGUUUGGAGAGAGAGAUGUACUCCAAAUUAUAAAAGACAUUAAUCAUGACCAUGAGGAAAAGACAAAAACUGAGCUUUUUCUAAAUCAUUAUCUUUUAUCUGUUUAUGACAUUUGGCCCAUAAUAUGGUAACUAUUUGCAGAACUGAAAUACUUCAUCUCAGGCAUUACAUGGUCCAAUGGUGAUUGCUGGAAAGAGAUGAGACGCUUUGCUUUGACAAACCUGAGAGACUUUGGGAUGGGCAAGAAGGCAAUUGAGGACAAGAUCAUUGAGGAGUCUCACUACCUCAUAGAAGUGUUUAAGAAAUUUAAAGGUGAAGCUUUUGAUACAUCCCAACCAAUAAACUAUGCAGUCUCUAAUAUAAUCUGCUCCAUGGUCUAUGGCAGCAGGUUUGAAUAUGAUGAUCCAGAGUUUACAUCCAUGGUAGAUCGAGUAGACAGGUAUUUUCAACUUUUGGGAACCACAUCAGUACAGUUGUACAACGUGUUCCCAUGGAUCGGCAAAUGGUUUGCUAACAACAAGGAGGAAUUCCAGAAGUUGGCUGAGGCCAUCAAGAAACAGAACUCAGAGCUGUUCAGUCGGCUGAAAGAGACCCUCAAUCCACAGAUGUGCAGAGGUUUUGUGGAUGCAUUUCUGGUUCAAAAGCAAAAUCUGGAGUCAUCUGGGAUUACCAACAGUCACUUCCAUGAUGCAAACCUUAUGACAACAGUCCUUAAUCUCUUUAUUGCUGGCACUGAAACAACAGCAACCACACUGAGAUGGGGACUUCUGCUAAUGGCCAAGUAUCCAAAAAUACAAGACCAGGUCCGGGAGGAGCUCAACAGGGUGAUAGGGAGUCGUCAGGUGCAAGUCGUGUUCAGGAAGAACCUGCCCUUCACUGACGCUGUCAUCCAUGAGACACAGAGACUGGCUAACAUCGCCCCCAUGGCGCUUCCUCACAAAAUGAGCCAAGACGUCACUUUCCAGGGUCACUUCAUUAAAAAGGGGACCACAGUGUAUCCUCUCCUAACAUCUGUCCUGUAUGAUGAGACCGUGUGGGAGAGACCACACUCCUUCUAUCCUGCCCACUUCCUGAACAAAGAUGGGAAGUUUGUCAAGCGAGAUGCCUUCAUGCCUUUUUCUGCAGGUCGCAGGAUUUGUCCUGGAGUGGGUCUGGCCAGGAUGGAGCUCUUCAUCUUCUUUACCACCCUCCUGCAGCACUUCCGUUUCACUCCUCUACCGGAAGUUUCAGAGGAUGAGCUUGACCUGACACUACGUGUUGGCUUUACCCUCAGCCCUUCACCCCACAAACUGUGUGCUGUCUCCUGUGUGUAG